AUGAAUGUCUAUUCAUCCUAUUUCCCGCGGUCGUCUGCCAAAAGCGAUAAGACUUCAUCAAGAUUCCGAAAGCCGACAUUCGGAAGUCCUUUAUAUAGGGAUGAUGAAAGAAUAGACGAUACCAGAUACAAACCCACAAACAAGCAAAAUGGUCGUCUGGUGAAAAAUGGAUUAUACGGAAUGGAAGAUGAGACCGAAAUUUCAUUUCCUGUUGAACAAACGUCACUUCCGGAUAUUCGAAAUAAUGUGUAUCAGAGGAGCCUAUAUGGACAACCCGAUGAUGGGUUCGCGUACCAAGACCUUGCUGUGGGUGCAACAGACAAUUAUAAACUUCUCGUUAAGAACAUGAAACGCGGUGAAAAGCAUUUGGUGUCUAAAAGUCCACCCGGGAAAGGUCAAGGCCAUAUUGUGCACGUGCGGUCAAGUCCAGGAGAACGAAAUAAAAACAAUAGUCCCAAAGGUCGACCACGCUUUAAUAGUUCGGAAAAUAAUCCAUCGAAUCAAGAUCGUCAUAACAACGAAAAUCAAAAUAGACAUGAAAGGGUUGUGUGGAGUAAUGAAGAUGAUGAACAAGAGUUUCAAGAACCUGAUUUUACAGGUAUAGACGAUAGAUAUGGCGGACGCCCAACUGGACCGCAAGUGUAUGGCGCCGUGCACGUGGAGGACAACACAAGACCGCCACGACGUAGGGCACCAGUUCAUAGAACUAGUUCGUUCGGAAGCAGUUCAAUAAAAACUGUAGGGAGUCAACAAAACUUUCCCAGCAACAGUGAAAAGGGUUCUAUUGUUGGCAGUCUGUCUCCAGAUACCAAACAUUCAUCAGGAACAUAUCCACGUGAUAAAGAAAAUGUCAGAGACAGAAGUCCUGCCACUGCGGGAAAACAUCUUGUUGACACCAGUACUAAUACAGAUCAUACCAAGGAGCACAUUAUAACCCCUAACACUGUCAAAAGGGGUGUUUCUGUUGGCAUCCAAACAGAAAUAGAUCAUACAACCAGUUCAAAUAUUCGUAGGAAGGAUUCUCCAACACCAGUUCACGACAGCCACGGGAAAUUAGAUCCCUGGAAACAUCCGUUACUGAAUUAUGAAUUUUACGGAAACACUGACAUGAAAAAGUCCACUUCAGUCCCUACUGUGAUAUCUGGCUACGAAAUGGCUAAAUAUAACCCUCCCAACAUUGAGUCCAGUAAACACCAUGACAGAAUGGUCAAACGUUUGGGAUUGACCAGCAACGACAUGGUAUGGUGUAUUGAACCAAACUCUAGAGUUCCAAAGAGGAGUGCGACUUAUAAUUUAGGUUCUAUUAUGAACAAAAACAAUCCACAUCGAUUAGGUCGGGGGAAAUCGCGAAGUAAAAUUGUGACUCCAUGGAGGUGA